GUUUACAGUCGUAGCCAUGUCCAGAACCCGUGCAGAGCAGAGGCAGCUGGUUCGUCCCUCCGAGGAGUUAGGUGUCGGGGGCCUGCGGGGAAAGACUGUCGAUCAAUCAGGGGAAAUCCGGAGCAGACCAGAGCGGAGGCUCCUUUUUUCGCGCUGCACCUCUUCUGCAGUCUGCUCUGGCGGUCUAUCCUACGUCUAUGCCAGUGCGCAGAGCGUACCGACUAUCUACACCAUGCGUCUCUUUUCACUCCUCCUUUUCUACCUCCUCCUGCCCCUAAUCGCCGCGAAAUUCAGCCCCAUCUGCAUCCGCGUGCUGGGUGCCCUGACCGGCCGCCCCAAUGACUUGUUCACCAAGUUCCAGCGCGAAAUCUGUGACCAAGGUUGCCAGCCGACUGUCCCUCACUGGGACCUCUGGACGCGCAACCACACCUUCCUCCCUGCGGUGCGCAGUCUCAUGGAGCGCGUUGACAACCCGCGUCAGGAGGCGGCGAUGGUGCGGCUGGGCGACGAUGUGGCGGACGUGAUCAAGCGACAGUGCGGGCCACUGUUGCAAGGCCGUGACAUCUGCGCCGACGGAGAGACACUGGCGGCGUUUGGGACGUGCUUCAAGAAAGGGUUUGUGCGGGCGGCAUUGACCAACCUGCCAACGUUGCUGCCGUUGGCGUCGGAGCCGGUGUGUCGGGAGCAGUACGAGUGGUUGCAGAAGGAUGAGUUAUGGGAGGAGAUCAUCCCGGGAAAGAUGCGGGAAUACGCGGGGGUGUGUCGGCGAUUAGGGGGUGUGAUGUCGGUCGAGGAGAUGUUUGCAGGAUAGAUUAGCCGCCAUUGUUGUACGGAGUAGAAGCAAUAAGCAGAAUCCCUCCGAGUCCGCGGAGCCUCCGAAAUGCAGCUUAUCUCCGCCUCC